AUGCGCCGAAGGUUCGGCAUCCCACCCAGAACGGAGCCUUCAAGAAGGAACCGCCUCUCCAAAACUGGGUUGAAUUCUUUCACCUAUGAGCCACUGCGUGACGCUGAUGAGAUACGUCUCCUCAAUAUUGCACCGCGGCAUACAACAGCUGGCAGUAGUGGGCUUAAGGACAGUAUUCAACAUGUUCAUCUCUCAGCUUCGCCCUUGUAUACUGCCAUAUCAUGGAUGUGGGGCAGUCCUGGCGAUCUGAUCGACUUUGAAGUGAAUGGUUCCACUCUGAUGGUACAGCGAAACUUGAGAAGGGUCAUUGAACACUUACGAGAUGACUAUCAAACCCGUCGAGUAUGGAUCGACGCUGUCUGCAUCGAUCAGAAGAGCAUACAGGAGCGUAAUCAUCAAGUGCAAAUGAUGGGCAAAAUCUACGGAAACGCCAAUUAUGUCGUUGCUUGUUUGAACGCCGCCCGACCAAGAGACAGCAAGCGCCUCAAACGCGAGGCUGAGGAUUUACACAGGAUAUUGCGAGAACGGCGAUACUCUACAAACACCAGCCUAUACCGCCACUUCUUCGGGAAUCAGUACUUCACACGCCGUUGGAUAAUUCAAGAGAUUACUAGGGCCCGAGCGGUCACAUUCUGCUGUGAAGGACACCUAUUACCGAUGAGCAUCCUCAGGGAUGCCAUCAAAGACUUUAGUCUAGAGACUAGGCAUGACGCUACGCAGGGCUACUCAUAUUUUUCUGAGGCGGAGAGAAUGGCGGAAAGUCGAGCUAUACAGCUUUCUUCCACUGAACCACACACUCAAAGUUCUUCCACCUCGAUGGAAGAUCUCCUGUACUUGCACGAAACAGCGGAGUGCUCGGAUUUUCGCGACAAGAUCUAUGCAUUGAUUUCACUGACUCCAGAUGCACAGACUCAUCUAUCAGUUGAUUACAAUAUCGACCGGGUACAGCUUAUGCUAACGGUACUGAAUUUCUCCCACACAUACCAAAACUUGUCAGCUUUCCGAACCCUGAGCUUCAUGUCCUUCCUUCGACAACAUCUUGAAGUUGGAAGGGAUGAACUGCGCGAUAGUAUCCUCAAUCUGGAGACUCCAGUGUUCUCUACCAAUUUCGCCGUCUGUGGUACCAUACGAGGUUGGAUCGAAACUCUCCAUCCCGGGCGUGAUGCGGAAGAAGCAGCCCUGCGAGUCCGUAACAGGUUGCCUGCCCUUUUCCCACGUCGCAAACUUUUGCUGAACGAGAAAGGAACUUUAAUGUCACUCGAAAUCGAUUCGGAGGCUUUGGUGGACACACAGCCGUGCGCAACAGUCGGAAUUCCUGGGAUUGACCAGUGUCUAUUUGCCUUUACUGGCAAUGAACUUGGAGACUCAAAAAACUCGACUGUAGACCGUGAAUUACCGCCGAGAUACACGACCACCGAUGGCCCUCUCUUUGCUGGACUGGCGUCCGCGAGAGUAAAUAUUGGCGAUGAGAUCUGGCAAUUUGAUCGCACACCCGUGGCUGUCAUCGCACGGAAGACUCUUCAAGGCUACACGCUGGUAGGACGAGCUUUCCUCAUACGUGACCUGAGGGCGGAAUACCAAUGCAGCCGGUCGCGAUUGGAGGAUGAAAUAGUGUGGAUCAGGGAUGGCACAAAACAUCCAAAGGCCACGCCAGUUAUUAGCGUUGAUCUUAAGGGACUGCAUGAGCUGAUGACUUGGGUCAACCUUGACCAAUGA